AUGUCCGUUCCUCUCACCGACGGGGAAAACCGUAUCAUGGCUUGUGUGCUCUAUGGGUCUUCCAGCAAGAGCUAUCGAGAUUCAGUUCAGACCAUGGCUGAUGCAAUCCUCGAUACGGGAAAGCAGACCAAGUGGAAGCGAGCAGAGAAGAAGCAUAAACGCGGGCACUUCCCUGCACUUGCUCGAGGUAUUUCAUUUGGGAAGGGUCAACCAGAGCCUAUGCGGUUGAGUGAUGAACGCCAACCCCUGAUGGAAGAGCUUCUGCAAAUGCCUUGCUUUCGACAAGUUGCUGGUCAUCAGAGUGCUGCAUUAGCUACGUGGUUCCCGAAGAGCUAUCUUGAGCACCAGCGCAUCAACCGGGAGCUCGAAGAGAAGCUCCCACACCUGCAACGCAAUUUUGACAACAGUGUUUAUCAGAGUAUGACGGUCAACUUUGGGCCAGCUACAUGGACCCAUAUUCAUACAGAUUCUAUGAACGACGUUCGGAUUCCAUGUGCAAUAACCUCUGGUGGAAAGUACAACUACAAGCUCGGUGGACACCUGAUUCUUUGGGACCUCAAGGUUGUCAUAGAAUUUCCUCCAGGCGCAACCAUUCUUCUUUCUUCAGCUCUCCUCCGACAUUCUAAUUUACCUGUGGCACCAGGGGAAACUCGCAUUUCGGUUACUCAGUAUACAGCUGGGGGUAUCCGACGCCGGUUGGACUACGGAGGAAGGACUGAAGAGGCAUUUCAGGCUCAGGAUCCUGAGGGGUUUUCUAUUGCAUGGGCUAAACGCCGUGAAGGCUGGAAGGAGAGCUUACAGUUCUUUGGCACUCUGGAAGAGCUAAAAUUGAAUGCAUUGUAA